ACUGCAUCCUCAGCUAUUAAAGGUGCUAUCCAGCUGGGAAUAGGAUACACAGUUGGAAACCUUACAUCAAAACCAGACAGAGAUGUUCUUAUGCAGGACUUCUAUGUAGUGGAAAGUGUCUUCCUACCAAGUGAAGGGAGCAAUCUCACCCCUGCUCAUCAUUACCCUGACUUCAGAUUUAAGACGUAUGCACCUCUUGCCUUCCGCUAUUUCAGAGAACUUUUUGGUAUCAAGCCUGAUGAUUAUUUGUACUCAAUCUGCAGUGAACCUUUAAUUGAAUUAUCCAACCCAGGUGCCAGUGGGUCCUUAUUUUUUGUGACUAGUGAUGACGAGUUCAUCAUCAAGACAGUUCAGCAUAAAGAGGCUGAGUUUCUUCAGAAGCUCUUGCCAGGCUAUUAUAUGAAUCUGAACCAGAAUCCAAGGACUCUUCUACCAAAAUUUUAUGGGCUGUACUGUGUUCAGUCAGGCGGUAUUAAUAUUAGAAUUGUUGUCAUGAACAAUGUUUUGCCACGAGCCUUGAAAAUGCAUUUCACAUAUGACUUGAAAGGCUCCACGUACAAACGGAGAGCAUCAAGAAAAGAGAGAGAGAAGUCCAACCCUACGUUCAAAGACUUGGAUUUCUUGCAAGACAUGCAUGAAGGGUUGUAUUUUGACUCUGAAACACACAGCGCGCUAAUGAAAACACUACAGCGGGAUUGUCGAGUUCUAGAAAGUUUUAAGAUCAUGGAUUACAGUCUGCUACUGGGAAUCCACAUACUGAACAACAACAUGAAGGAAAAAGAAGGGGAGGGUUCUCAGAGUACAUCAGAUGCAAAACGUCAUGGAGGGCAGAAAGUUCUCUAUUCCACAGCCAUGGAGUCUAUACAGGGCCCUGGGAAGUCAGUGGACUCUGUCACUACAGAGACAACAAACACGUAA